UCGUACACAGUCUGUGCUCAUUCGUGCGACCGAGCGCGCGCAUUUCAUAUUUCGAACGCGACAUUCUUUCGUCUUUAACUUCGAAUAAAAAAAAAUAAAAGGCGCCAUUUUAUUUAAGUAAUUAAUUUUAGUAAUCUUUGAUUUAUUUUUAAAGUCAGUUUUAUUUAAAUAAUGAGAACCAUGGCUAGUGUGUGUUUUUUUGUGAUUAUGCUCGUUUUUGUACAAAAUGUUUUCGGAAAUGUUUGUACGAAGAAUGAAAAUAGUUUAACUUGCGACGAAUGCAUCAGGUGCGGCGGUGAAUGGUGCAGGGAACGUAAGCUCCCGACUUCUCACUGUGUGUUCACGUCCGAAGAUGGAUGGUGUCCAGUAGAACGCGAAUACCUUCCAGCAGCUGACGACAAAUCCACUAAAGGGAUUGAAGUCAACCCAGUAUCUGCUGAAAGAACUCUUUACGUUGGCAAGAAGAACAAACUGGAUAUCCAGUACACUUCCGAAACUAAAGCAAAGCCCAAGAUGUUGAUUCAGCACUCGACUCAAAGCUUCAACAUCGAAUUUGAUAUCGACGAGCCUGAAUGUGCUGGGAGGUUGUGCGCCACCACAAUCUCUGCUACUCCUACUCAAGACUUCUGCAACGUUACUGGUGGAGUGUCCGAGUAUGUGGAAGUCAAAAUCGACGUAGGACUAGCUGAGGAAGUGAAGAUCAAGUACUACGUGGUCUGCGCAUGCCCCUGCAGUGGUAACGCCGAGAUUCGAUCCCCAGUCUGCAACAGAAAUGGCAAUUAUUCUUGCGGAAUCUGCAUCUGUGAACCUGGAUGGACCGGCGCAUCUUGCGAGAAACCAAUUUGCGAUGAGACCAAACGUGGCGAUGUUGUUCAAUGCUCUCUGAACCCCAGGAACGAUGAGGACUGCUACGGCAAUGGCUACUGCGGUAUCUGUGAGACCUGCGUCUGCUACACAGACCGGGAAGGUUCCCAAUAUUUCGACCAGGACAACAACUGCGCAGGUCUUUGCACCAUCACAAACGGUGAUUACGAAGACUGCCUCGUCAACAGCAAUGGCACAAGUGGACAAUGCUACAAUUCUCAUUCAAACUUAUUCAUGCAACGCUACAACGUUUCUCUGACAAAUGAAAGAGAUCCUCAGAACAGAAAAGUUUGGGUGAAAUGCAAUGAAACCUUUGACGACUGUGGAACAUUGGAGUACUUCGCCAAACGUGAUGAAAGAGGGGACAUCUAUGUUAUGAUGGUGAAUCAUUGUAACGAGAUCAUCGCUGAGGCGGUUGUGGCUGACACGAAAGUGCCAAUUAUCCUGGGAGUCUUGGGCAUCGUGGCGGCAGUAGCGGCAGUAAGCGGAGUGAUGUUAUGGAAGCACUUGAACACGGUACCUCCCGUCCCUCUCAAUGACCCUCAGUACCAGAACAUUGACGCUGAGGACUGCACGGGAGAGAACCCGCUGUACAAACCACCCACGUCAUCCUUCAAAAACCCCACAUAUGGCAAGUGGUAGUUGCGGUGUUACCUGCUGGCUGAAUCAUCAAGGACUGAAGAUCAGGGUCAAGCGGACCUGGGAGGCUAAAGAGAUGACUACCAAUUGUGAAAGUAUCAACACUUCAGCUCAGAACACCUGAAUCACUCGACUCAGCACUAAUGAGUCGAACUGCUGUCAUCGGGGCCCCCUCCAGUCCAAUAUUCCAUUCCAACACUGCCUGUGAUCAACACUACGAUGAAGAAAUUACAUUCGUCCGGUGUUCGUGUCGCAAACUGUAACUAGAAUACAUUUUAUACCGUAGUUGUAAGUGUUAAGGUCGGUACACACAUCAGCGCGCCCGACGCGUCCUGACAGGAACGGGAUUAAAAUAUCGUCGCAUACGUUUUGCAUACGAUGUGCGCCUCGCCCAUUAGUGGCUAUCGAGCUGGAUAUUUUCUCUUCACUGUCAGACGCUGCAAUGCUUAUAACUGACGUCACAUUUAGAAAACAAGUGAGAACAAAAUGUUCCCGCGUAUUAUUUUGAUACAGCUAUUUUCUGCAUGUGUCGUUCCCAUGUCGACCGUGAAAGGGCACGUAUUAGGCACAGCACGGUGAUCUGUGCACCGACUGAAUUAUGUAAUUAAUACCUCUGUGAUAUUUAAGAUGAUUUAAUUGAAGAUGUCCGGAUGAGUCACCGAGGAGCGCUGUUUGAUUUGUAAUCUAACGGUAAACACACACCGUAUUGAACAAUCUGUUGACGCAUAAUAUAACAACGUACUCACGUACGAGUUAAAUCCUAUACUAUUGUGUACUACACGCAAGGUUAAUUCAAAUUAGUAAACAACUUAUUGGGUGACUCACUGAGUAAUAAAAAGUUAGCGCUGUAGAGAUAGUUAUGUAUGUAUUCAGAACUGCGAAUUGUCGUCUAGCGUAGAUAUUAUGUUGUGAAAUUGUUGUUUUACAGUAAGUAUUUCAUUGUAGAGUGGUCGUGACUGAAUGAGGUGUUCGUGUAUUACUUACUGGACCGCAAAUUACAAGAAUAAGUAGACUGACAGACUUAUAUAGACAUUUGUACUUCUCAUCUCUCAAACAUUAGUGGCCUAAUGAAUGAUUUGUUAAGGAGAAAGUAACACGAAAGUAGGAUGUAGUAGUGAUUUUAUGUAGGUGUGCUACAAUACUUUGUGGGCAGAUUCAUUCUGUGAUCCGAUGGACCAGUUUUUUGAUGACUAACGGGUUUUAACCCGAAUCGAAUGCCCGAUGUCUAUUGGCUGUGGCACCUUAAGUACUAUGGUGUUCACAAGAAUCAUGACUACAUUGUCUAUUUAAAAAUAUUUAUGAACAAUUCCACUAGUAAAUUGUUUCUAAGUACGUAAUGUUUAUAAAUAAGUUCCUACAAAAGAUUGAUUUAUAUAAAAAGCUUAUAAUUAGAUACUCGUUAAAUUAUAAAUUGGUAAUUUAUUAAUUGGCACGAUACAAACCAAAGUUUUUAGGAAAACAGUAUUUUAUUAUUUUUAUUGGAAAUUUUAAACAAACGCUAAUGCUUCGCUUGAAAAUAAAGAAUUUAAUAAUCGUUAGAAUGCUUUUAAGUGGCCCUGCAAAAUACAGGAACAUAGCGAUAGCAUACUUUACAAAAGUAGGUAUAUAAGUAUCUACAUUCACGAGCAAAAAUAUCAGUCAGGUUUUUUCUAAACACACCAAGCGAUAUUUCAAACCGAAAAAAAAACGAAAGGUACAGUUAGUUACACAUGUCUUGCAACCGAGUUUGAAUGAACUUCGGAAGUGUGCAAAUAUUUAUCUCAUGACUAUCCACAUCAUAAAGCCACCAGCGAGUCUUAACAAACUUGUAUUGUAGAACAUAAUAAAUAAAUAAUCUGUGUAAUGUAGCAUGUAACGCUAUCAAAGUGCAUUGUACUUCCGUUAGUUAUAUCUAUGUAAAUAGUUUACUAUAUUCCGAUGUAAACACUAGGCAAACUGGUACGCUAAGGGCUUGUGCAGACUAAGGAGUUUUGUCUGAUGAGGAAAAGCUUAAUUCAGGAUCGUGAAGAUUUACUUGAAACUAUAGUUUCUUGAAAAAGUUAUGAAAAGAACUAUACCUAGUUGUAUUAUUCUGAAAAGAACAGUUGAGUCUCAAAUCAAUCACACACAUAAGACCGUUUGUUAAAAAAUAAAAUAGUCAGCAUAAGUCCUUAGAUGUAUGUAUGUAAAUAUAUUACUAAAUACAAUAUAAAUAUAUGAUGUUUAGUUUGGGCCACGUUUUAUAGCUAUCUCUCUCACACAAAUGUCUUCUGAGUUACGUGUAAGAAAGACAGAUAUAUGACUUGGCCCAAAACGUAGGCAACGUCUAUUUAAUUCGAUUUACUGUAAUCUUCCAUACUUACAUACGUCUAGCUUGUAGAAUUAAAUUAUUAACAUCACACGUAGUACUUUAUGACAUUAUUAAUUGAUUUGUAGUAAUUAUGUCUCAUUAUGUUUAAGUGUUAUUGAAUGAUCUGCGCUGAAUCUCGCUCGAUGUCUGUGUAAUUACCAUUGUAUUAUUGUAUUCGCGCAUUUUGUAUUUUUGUACAUUUGUAUCAUUGUUAAGCUAGUCAGUAAACAAAUCAAAACUA